GCUCAAUAGAUCCUACUGGCCAUGUUUUGCUUUUGUUUCAUCUACGCCUUUGUCUUUUUUACUUUUUCCUCUCCUUUAGUUCUAAUCACAAUGAGAAUUAAAAAUAAAUGCUUUUUUUUUUAUGGCAAAGCAUUGACCAAUCAUUUUUUCUUAAUGGCGCAAUCAAUUGGCUUUGAAAAAAGGGUUAUUGCCAUCAUAUGUAUGUUAUCGUACAUGAAUUAUUUAUUGAAACCACUGAAUGUCGAACGCCUGGCUGUAUGAAUAUGACAUUGUUCCGAGCUUUAAUCGGCUUGUCCAACAUUUGUUUUUUUUUAAACAAGUAUAUGGACACAAGGGAACGAUUAAAUUGCCCAGUUAUUGACAUUUUAUAUAGCGUCAUGAUCUGCAUAG